AGUAAAUUUUUAAGGCGGGAAAUAUCAAAAUGAAACGAGUUACUAAAUUUAGCACGUGUUGUCAUCAAAAUGAAAGAAGAACAAAAGAUUGAAUGAUUUAAAUAUCAAAACAUACGGUUAAAUGACAUUUAUACUAGACCGGUUUUUGUCAUUAUUCAAUGGCGGAAUGAGGGCUUAUAAGGUCCAGGAUGUAAAACGGGAGCAAAGAAUUGGAGUGACAGCCAAAAACUUCAAAGAAUUAUUGGAGAAAGGUGCCCAGAAACUGAAGUUAGAUCCAGAUAAAGUCACCAUUGUAAUUGAAGAUGAUGGUACAGAGGUUACAGAUGACAAGUUCUUCAGGAAGCUACCUGCUCAAACUGUGUUUGUCUUCUUAAAGAAAGGAGAGACCUGGAGAGGGGCUGGUGCUUUGAUUCAUGAUGCUCUCAGUAAGUUUUAUUGUGCGACGAGGAAGAACGAGAUUGCCUCCCAGAUCCGAGAUCUACUGGAGGCGGAGAACGCGCCCGAGAAGAUCCACAUCAUCUCCCAAUAUCUGGAACUCCUAGAGACCAACGUCUCAUCUGAGAAAAGACAAGAUCAUGAAGACUGGUUUGAAGGACUUAAUAAGAAAUAUAAGACAAAGAGUGAAUUGAUGAGACACAGUGCACAGACAAGAUUACGCAGCUACUAUGUUACAGCAAAGGAUCAAAUAGAGAAGGAAGCUGACAAAGAUAGCAAACAAGAAUUGUUAGAAGUCUUGGAGGAAGUGAUGCAGAAGCUUAAAAAGUCGGAUUAUAACUCGUCUUAUUUCGACCGUACAGCCAAUGAGAAGGGUCGAAUGUGUGACGCCCAGGGCUGGUUUAGAUGUGAAGGGCCGUUUGACAUGGAUAACUGUGACAAGUAUCACACGAUAAAUCCAUACGCUUCCAAGGGGUAUAGACAGUUAUUUGGACUGUGGAAUUUAGACCAUAUAAUUGAAAAAUCUCGAGAGGUGAUGCCAACUCUUAUAGAAGCAGCUCGUAACAAGCAGAAACAUCAAACUCUCAACGCAGAUCUCCUGUACCGAUUACUCUUCACUCGGGAAAACCUGAAACUGGUUCAAGUGGGGUGCCAUAAGAAAGCAGCCAGAGAAUCCGGCAAAGUGAAAUGGAAUGACUUCUGUUCUUGAUGCUUUGAUAAUGCUAUAAGGACCUAAAUACUAGUACAUGUGUAAACUUUCAUCUUUAUAUUGUUCUUAAAAUGUUACAGCUAUAAAAUGUCAGACAAGUUAAUAUCGAAGGAUUAACCUAGAUUUUCUGUUCACUUUAAUUUGUAUACUCAGGCAUAUUUAAUAUUUGUUAAGUUUUCCUUCCCUUCUAUAAAAUUUAAAUUUUUUAUUCCCUAGUAAGCAAGAAAAUUGUUCACUUGUCUCAAAAUAUUAAUGGAAUUAUGAGAUAAAAAUACGCAACAUACUCUGUGAUAUCCUUUCAUUAUUUCAAAGUAACAGUACGUGCCCGCAAAGGUGGAAAUUUUAAUAUGUAUGGUUUUUAUUUUUGCUAAAUACACAUGUAUUUUGGAAUAUUUUUUUUAUGUUUCUUUGUGUAUCAAUACCUUUGGAUACAGUUUGUUUGAUAUUAAUAGUACAUGUACAUCAUCUUAUUGUUGCAGAAUA